AUGGAAGAUGUGCCAGCCCCUGUUUUCAGCUCUCUUGAAACAACAGACAAUGAUGACUUUGAAAAGAACUAUGAUGUUGAUGUAACAAUUAGUAGUACUUAUUCAAAUACUGAUAUCCGUCGUACUUUUGAAUACUAUUACUCAACAAUUCACAUAACUAAUACGAAAAUAGAAAAUAGUCAAGCAUUUGGCUCAGAUACAACUUCCGGAUCUGGAGGAGCCAUUUGCAUGUCAUCUUGUACAAUGAUUGCGUCUGCUUCAGAAUUCAAAUAUUGCAAGGCAGUUUUUAGUGGAGCUUCAUGCUCAAUUUCUUCUGAUAUAUGCCUUGAUAGAUGCAAAUUUACUAGUAAUACUGCAUACCGAUACGGAGGCGCCAUCCAUUAUCAAGGUAGUAUUGAUUUGGGAAAUUAUGCUAAUGGUAACACAUUUUUAUGCUAUAGUAGUGAGUUUAUUUCAAAUGUUGGAUCUGAACUUGGCGGUGGCCUAUCUUUUGCUACCACUUCCAGUGUUUAUUUGCAAGAUUGUAAAAUCCAACAAAAUUCUGCAGCAUUCUGUGGUGGUGGAAUAUAUUCUUGCAAUACAAUCUAUCUGAAACUCUUUAAUACAAAAGUUUACUCGAAUAGUCUUACAUACGAUUCAUUAACUAAAAUUGAAGGAAGUUCUUUCCGCCCAGUAAAGCAAGGAGGAAAGAAAAUGUCUAAUACUCCAACAUUAGGUAUCCGUGGUGGAGCUGGAAUUUGUGUUAUUACAGAUUAUGAAGUUAAUUCGCGCAAAUUAGUCUCUCAAUUUUUCUCUCAGGGCAACUGUUAUGGCGGAAAUACCGCAGGAAGUAAAGCCUAUUCAAAGGGACAAGGUGCCGGCCAUGCAAUUUUGAUUGAUGGAAAUUGUCGACUCCAAUCAAUGAAUGAUAAAUUCAGCUACACUGGCAAAUUCGAUAACGUUGUUUCUAAAACAGGAGAAGCAUCAAGCUUUCCUUUUAUCAUGCAAACAGUUCAAAAUCCUCCCAGUUGCAGUGAUAUGCCAUCAGCAAUUGCUGCAAGUGAUCCCACAAAGACAUCACUCGCACGAUUAAGCAACAAUGGAAAUUAUCAAAUCACAAGUAAUAUUGUACCACCUUCAAUAUAUACAUAUGUUGCAACUCCUAUCUCCAAGUUACCAGCUACAACAAAAGUAACAAAAAAGUCGACAGCUGUUAAAAAUCCUCCAUGGAUUAAACAAUACAAAACAUUAUCUAUGCUGCCAACUGCAAUCAAAACACCAUUCAAGACAGUAUUUUCAACAGCUCAUAAAACUCCAUUCAAGACAGUAUUUUCAACAGCUCAUAAAACACCAUUCAAAACUCCAUUCAAUACAGUAUUUUCAACUGCACAUAAAACACCAUUCAAAACUGUAUUUUCAACUGCUCAUAAAACACCAUUCAAAACUCCAUUCAAUACAGUAUUCUCAACUGCACAUAAAACUCCAUUCAAAACUGUGUUCUCCACAGUUCAUAAAACUCCAUUUAAGACUGUAUUUUCAACUGCUCAUAAAACACCAUUCAAAACUCCAUUCAAUACAGCAUUUUCUACGGCUCAUGAUACUCCAUUCAAGACCCCAUUUUCAACAGCUCAUAAAACACCAUUUAAGACUGUAUUCUCCACAGCUCAUAAAACACCAAUCGAAACUCCAUUCAAGACAGCAUUUUCUACGGCUCAAAAAACGCCAUUUCAAACAGUAUUUUCUUCUCCAGGUGUUUCUAAAUACGCAACCCCAUUUUCGACAAGACAUUCAACACCAAAUAGUACGCCUUUCUCAACUGCUCACUCCACAGUAUUUUCAACACCCCAUAAUACGCCAUUUGUGACAUUUGCUCCCACAAGAUCUGUUUUCCCCGGAUGGUAUGUUCCUCCAGAAUCAUUUGAAGGGCCAAGUACAAAGACAUUAAUUUCUACAUGGUAUGAAACCAAUGUUGCAACAAAAAUAGUUUUUGAAACAAAUAUAACAGAUGAGGACGGAAAGUACUAUGUAACAUAUACUGAUCAAGAAACUGAAGUAAUUUCAAUUAUCGCGAUUCAAACAGAAGCAUAUAUUUCUCUCCAAGUAAAUUCUGGAGGUGAAAAACAAAAAGCAAAAUUUGGAUUACCAAUGAUCAUUGGAAUAUCCGCUGGUGGGGCUAUUCUUCUAAUUCUCUUAGUUGCUCUAAUUUUAUUCUUUACAUUAAAAGCAAGGAAAGAAGAAUCUUUUGAAUCAAGUUUGGAAAUGGCUGAAGAGACAGCAUAUAAUGUUCACUCUUCACAAAUAACAUCUGUUACGAAUGACAAUCCACUUUGGACUACCACUAUUGAAGGUGAUCGUGAGGAUCCAUUUAAAGAUGACUUCAAUGAAAUAGUGAAUGAUAAUUUCUUCACUAUUAAAGAAACCGGCCUUGAAUAA